GAAAAAUCAUAUAAAAGUUAACGGACGCGACGAUCGCGCGUAUCCGCAACAACAAUAACAAUAACAACAACAACGACAACGAGCAAAAAUAACCGUAAAUAAAAGCAUUUGGCAAAUUUAAACAACACUUGGGCCAUUUCCGUUUGAUGUUUAUAAACAAAAAAAUAUUGCGUUUAUUUGAAGAAAUUAAAUACAUACAUAAUACCAAAAAAAUCAUGUGUUGAAAAGUGAAAUUGGUUUGUGCCAAAAGUAAUAAGUUCAAAAAUAAAUAUAAACAGUUUCAAAUGCGUGUGUGAACCGUGAAAAUUAAAUUUGUUUAGAUAUCAUUUAUUUGGAAAAUUGCUUUAGCUUGAUUAAAGAGAUAAAACUAUGAACAUGAAAUGCAUUUAAAUAGGAUAUAAUUGCGAGAUGAAACUCAAAAAUUGCUUUAACUAAAGUUUUAGAUAACAUUUUAAUAAAUUGAAUACACCAAAGAAUUGCUAAUCUAUUAGCUAAAUGUUACUUAACCAGAUCGCAUUUGACUAUUGUUUGUCAUACGAAACAGAACAGAAUCGGAAUUGAAAUCGAAAACCGGUGUUGCCACAACAAAAAGCUUAGCAAAUUGAAAAACAUAGAAAACAAAGCAUUUGCUUAACUCAAAUAAACAACCAAAAACAAAAGUAACGUGUGAAAAUCAAAGAUGAAGCUGCUGUGCGGUUUUCUACUGAUCGUCUUGGCUGUCACCGAUGUUUGGUCUCUGCCAGCGCGCAACAGUCCGCAGGAUGAUGCUGAGGUGAUUGAUGUGCCACAUGCUCGUCCGGAGUCUGGCAAUACGGAUUUCCGUGACUUUGUCGAUACAGGUGCUGUUCAUCCAUUCCUGCAGCCGAGUCCAUCGACUUUCCACUUUCCCAGCUUUUCCUUUGACGACAUUUUCCGCCGCCUGCGUCCUCGUUUCUGGCCCAUUCUCGUGGAUUCGAGUGAAGCUGGCUCCGGUGAUGGGGAUUCAUCGGAUGCAGAGCCAACGCUUGGCUUCGGCCUGAGACUGCCGACAGCGCUGAACACCAAGAAUGGAAAUACCACAUCAACGGUUAAGGUGGUUGAUGGUCACAAGGUGGAGAUCAAUGAGACCACCUAUGGUGAUAGCAACAGUUUGUUCAAGGUGCGUCUGGUCAAUGUGCGUCCCCUCGAGAGUGGCGAGGAGAUUGCCCAGGGUGUUACCAACUCGGAGGGUGAGUUUAAGCCGCUAAGUGCGCCCAGCACCUCGGCGCCACCGAAACGCACCCAAUUGCCGGAGGAAUCCGAGGAGGAUGAGACCGAUCGCCGUGAACCGCUCGAGAAGCAGUCCAAGGACAAUGAGGUGCGCGACAUCGAUGAACCUCAGGUAUAAAAACAAAAAAAGCUUUAAACAGCAUUUCUAGCUAAACAGCUAAUGCAAAAAUGUCUUGCCAAUAAAAAAAUUUUUUAAAAAUAUAAAAAAAAUUCUACUAACCGACAAUAUACUACUAUAAACUAUAAAAUUUUAAUAAGCUUCAUGUAUAUUGAGCCAAUUAUGUAAACUUGUAAUAUAUAUAUACAUAUAUAAAUAAAAAAUACAUUUCUAAUA